AUGGGUAAGACACCUAAUGGCAGAUUAAGUCGUCCAUAUAUUGAAGGGGUCAAUGCAUUUAUUAAUUUUGCAAAGGCGGUUAUGGACUUGAGUGGUAAUAUUCCGUGUUCGUGUAUUCACUGUGUGAAUUGUUAUCGACAAUCUCUUCAUACUGUGCGUAUCCAUUUGCUUCAUCGUGGGAUUAUGCAAUCUUACAUUAAUUGGCAUAAUCAUGGAGAAUCUCGUGUAUUGAACGAGAACAUUCAUGAUAAUGAAAUGUCGGAUGGUGAUCAUAUGGAUGGUAUCGAUGCCUUGGUAGGUGAUCGAAUUAGAGGGGAACCGAGGAAUGUAAUCGAAGAUGAAGAGGUGCAUCAUUUUGACAAACUUGAGGAAGAUGCAAAGCGUGAGUUGUAUCCGGGUUGCACUGAUUAUAGUAUCUUGAAGUUUGUUAUUGAGAUCUUGAAUGUAAAGGUAAUGACCAAUUUGAGUAAUAAGGGACUUGAUAUGAUGCUAGAAUUGUUGACAAAGGUUUUACCGAAAGGUAACUUGGUUCCAAGGUUAACUUAUGAAGCAAAGAAGAUAUUACGUGACUUGGGCAUGUCAUACGAGCAUAUAGAUGCAUGCAAAAAUGAUUGUGCACUAUUUUGGAAGGAAAAUGAAAACCUUGAUAAAUGCCCGGUGUGUGAGGCGCCUAGGUACAAGGAUACACGUGCCCAAGGUAAGAAGAUUUCUCAUAAGGUAUUGCGUUACUUCCCGUUGACACCGAGACUAAGGAGAUUGUACAUGUCAAGCCAAAGAGCUAAGGACAUGAGAUGGUAUAUAGACAAACGUGUGGAUGAUGGGAUAAUGAGGCAUCCAACUGAUAGUGAGGAGUGGAAGGAGUUUAAUUUGCAAUAUCCUGAUUUUGCCCUCGAACCUCGCAAUGAAACCAUUCUCAAAGUGCAAGAGGAUCAUUGUCAAGAUCCUAAUGCAAUUCCCCUUACACAAGAGGAGAUCUCAAACUUGGUUUUUAAGAAGAAAUCCGGUAUUGUAAAAGGACUUGGCAUGAGACCUUCCUCUUCUCUAGUAACCAUUGCCUCAUCUAGUUCGGUGGAGUAUAUUCAUCGGUUAGAAAGUGAGAUAAUUGAGCUCAAAGAGGCAAGAGCUAGGGAUGAAGAGGAGCGAGCUAAGGAGCAAGAGGAGCGAGCUAAGGAGCAAGAGGCGCGAGCUAAGCAAGAUGAGGUCUAA